AUUUAUAUUGAGGACUAUACACACUAUCAAAAACAUAUUAAGAUAAGAUAUAUCGGGUAAUGAAUUGAGACGCUGCAAAUGAGGGGUCGUUCUUCUUCUGCCGCCACCGCCGCCAGCGCCAGUCGUGAAAGGAGGAGAAGAACAAACUCAACCUCGCCGUUGAAGGAUCGAACCAGAACCACUUCAUCUAGGUUAUCAUCUCCAUCCGAACGAAGUUCUUCUACCUCUGCUGCUACCACUCUACUCGAUGAUGACCUAAACGUUGCUCCCUUUGGUGAAUACUCUCACCCUAAUCCUCGAUCCUUCUCACUCAAUGUUAAACAGAAAUGUUGGGAAAAAGCUGACAAGGUUAAGGGACGGGACCCCGAUCGAUGGCGAAGGGAUCCUCUCGGGAACCUUAUCUUUCGAAAGCUUGUAGGUUGCCCUGGUUGUCUCUGUCAUGACUAUGAUCACAUUGUUCCUUAUUCUAAGGGGGGCCAAAGCACGCUGGAAAAUUGUCAAGUAUUACAGGCAACAGUUAAUCGAUCAAAGGGUAAUCGAACAGAUAUCUCCAGAUCGGAUCUUAUUCAGAAGAGUUCUUAUUGCAGGGUUUCAGAUCGUGAUAUGGAUAUGCUGGAAUUGUCUGCUUUUGGCAAUGUUCGGCGUGGACAAGAUACCGGAGGAUGUAGAAUUCAAUGAAGACAACAAACAUGUAGAAUUCAAUGAAGACGACAAACAUUUUAUACGUAUUAAUUUAUAUUGCUUGGUUCAUUCCCAUAUGGGGUUUGAAUGAUGACAUUUUUUGGAGCACCAUCUCUGCGGCUGCAGAGAAGGUGGUGACAUUGUCAUACCCGAAGUUGAUGUAUUCAAGUGUAGGCAUGUAACUAUGUUUAAUUACUCUCUAAAAAUGUAAGAUCUCUCUCCAGUGUAACAAUUUGAUAAUUUGGAAUC